AUGGAGAACGAACCCAAGGUGGAGCCCGUGGAGAGGGAGAUGGACGUGUCUUCCCUUGCGCAGUUGGUCCUGGACAUCAGCUGCGCCUUCCUGCAGAUUGGAAAGUCCACGAGGUUAACCAGUGACGAUGGCGACUUUUUCGCGGUGGAAGCCGAGGCCUUGGGGCUUGAAGUGGACGUUCUGCGGCAAUUUAUCCAAGAGUCGCACUUGCGUGUGCUGCGAGUGCUUCGGCGCGAUAGCGGAGACGGAGUGAAGCUGUCCCUAGAAAGUGGGGAGAAGGACAAGCCCAAAGCGAAGCGGCAGAAAGUCCCGACCUUUUGCCUCAUCAAAACGUUGAAAACACGCGAAAAACUCACGCAAGGGACGCCGUUGAAUUCCCAACUCCAAUUGGUGACGUUGGGCACGGAAGACAUUGGGACCUUGGUGACCUUCGUUCAGCAUUCGUUUGCCCCUCUCUUGCAAGCUCAAGAAGGCAAUGAAGACGACCAUGGGAGCGGCUUUUCCAGUCAAAACAAGCGCAUGCCACUCAUCCGAAAACGAUUGAAGGAGUUGGAAGUGGCAAUGGUGCAGUUCCAGAACAAUAUUGAGAUUCCCGACGUGGACUUGAAGAUUCACCCCGACAUCCAAGCAGCCGCCGACGCGUGGCGUGGCUCCAAACAAACGGGAAGCAUUGACGUGGACGCGUUGGGGUUUACGGACCGGCUGAACGACACAGCCUUUCUCAACGACAUCCAAGCGGGAGUGAACGGUUGGAUUAAGGAGAUUCAAAAGGUCACAACGUUGGUGCACGAGCCGGUGGGGGCGUCGUCAACCCAGGAAGUAAACUUUUGGUGCGAUUUGCACCGCGCUCUUCUGGCCACCCAAGCUAAGUUGACGUCGGCAGAAGUUGAGAUCACUUUGGCGAUCCUCAAGCAAGCCAAGCGAUACCUAGUUACGGUAACGUUUGCGGCCGACCACGGCCUCGGUGGUGCCUUGAAAACUGUUACAAGCGUCAUGAACUUGAUGAAGGACUUCAGUCUGAAUGCGAUUCUGUCCGCGACAGACAUCACCCAGACCACUCAAGGGAUCAACGCUGUCUACUUACAGCUGAAAAAAGUGCGUCUCGCCGAUGAGUACAAAUUGAGCCGCGUGUUGUCACUUGUGGAGCUCAUCUCGACCGACGUCAGCGUCCAAGUGACGACGGUGCUGCGAUCGACAAAUCUGUUUCAAAUCGCCUACGACCAAUUCGAUGUGAUUGCAAAGCAGUGCCAAGAGCUCUUCCUGACGUGGCACCGCCAACACCACGCGUUCCAUGAACUCGUUAAGGAUUUGAGCAAACGUCGAGGCACCGCCGCAUCAGACAAGGUUAGUUCGUUGGCCGAGAUGCAGCUCGACCACUUGGCGAUCGAGGAGCGCAUGAAGGAACUGCAUGAAUUUCGAGAGCAGCAUGAACGCUUGCGCGUCGUGAUUCAGCGCGUGCUGUCCAAAACCGACGACGCGUCCGCGACUUCCUCCGAAGACAUGCUGGCCGAGAUCCACAAUGCCUACAUGCAAUGUACAUCGCUGGAUGUGUUUGACGUGUCGGUGGACGGGUCCGACGCUUGGAAGCAAGCGCGAAAAACGUACGAUCUGUGUAUCGACCGCGUGGAAGGCAGCAUCAUCCACAGCCUCACGACGCGACUGAACAACACGUCGACAGCCGACGACAUGUUUCGCGUGUUUUCAAAGUACAACCCGUUGUUCUUUCGCCCUCGCAUUCGCACCGCGGUGCAGCAGUUUCAAAUGCGCUUGAUUGAAAAUGUCAAGGAGGACGUGACCGAGCUCCAAGCCAAGUUUCGCGCACACUACAACUACUCGGAAGCGUCGCGCAUGAGCAAGCUUCGUGACAUUCCGCCGAUCGCUGGGGCCGUCAUGUGGAGCAAGCAAAUUGAGCGCAAGUUGCACAUGCUGUUGUCACGCGUGGAAAGUGUGCUGGGCAAAGGUUGGGAGCAACACGUCGAAGGCAAAGCACUCAAGCAAGUGUCGGACGCGUUCUUGAGCAAGCUUGAUGCCCAGUUGAUUUUUGACCACUGGGUCAACGAACUCGUAUCGGUGCCAACGUUUGACGUGCGCAACAUUAUUCUGAACAUUGUGUCCAAGAAGCAGUCCCACCAGCUUGGUCCUGGCGCGAUCGCGAACGAAGACGGUCUCGAGCGAGAACUGAACGUCGCGUUCAACCACCAGAUUGUGACGCUGUUCAAGGAAGUACGCAACCUCGAGUGGCUCGGGUAUCGAGUGCCAUUUACGUUGAAAAUGAUUGCUGAAGAUGCCAAGGAAAAGUAUCCCCACGCCAUGUCUCUGGACGCAAGUCUGAAAACGUAUGCGAGCGUGUGCAAGCGUAUCAAACCUUCGUUUGAGACACUGAGUGCAUCAUUUGUCCGAGAAGUCCGCACGACUAUCGCCAAAACCUUCACAAAGGACAACGAAAUCCGGUGGCAUGCUGACCACUUGGGCGAAUACGCCCUUGAUUUGGCAACCAAAGUGGAGACGCUCAGCGACAAAGUGGAUGAGUUGUGGCGCAAGCAGCACGAGAUUGAACAAUACGUCGAAUCGAUGCGUCAGCCAAACACUCCCGACAACAUCAUUGACGUGCCGACGCUUCAAGCGGCGCUGGAAGGUAUUCAAAAGAACGUGGACGAGCUCAACUUAGCGGGAUAUUCGAACUUGCACAUCUUUGUGAAGCAGUUGAAUAACACGAUCGCCCAAGUUCUGGCGGAUCGAUUGGAGCGCGGGUUGCGUCAGUGGGUCCACAUGUUUACGUGUGAAGGAGACAACGACAUCAAAUUGCCCUCAUACGGAAGCGUAACGACGGUCCAUCAAGUACUGCUGAAGAACCAGCUCCUCGUCCUGGAACCGUCGGUGGACCAAGCGCGAUCACAGUGGCUUGGCGAGUUGGAGCGUAUGGUGGCCUCCGUGUGCAACCUGGACAAAAUCAAUAGCGCCACUUAUGAUGCAUUCAAGCCUGCGUCGACCUCGACCUUGGCUCCAUCGCCAGUGCGCCGGCGCCAAAGACGAAAGGAAAAUUGUUUCCAAGACGUUAUGACGUUGCUGCCUUCAGGUCUAUUGGUCCAAGCUUACGACACGUUGCUCCACAACUUGUAUGCGAUGGAUCAGUACGUGCUCACAUGGCUACAAUACCAAGCGCUCUGGGACAUGGAUUCCCAGCGAGUGAUUGCCAAGGUUGGCAAUGAUAUUGGCCAGUGGCAACAACUCUUGGUUGAAAUUAAGGAAGAGCGCACCAAAUUCGACACCGUGUCCCACACAAAGCGUUUUGGUCCAAUUGUUGUCAACUUCCAGCAAGUCCAGGCCCAAGUCAACGUCAAGUACGACGUGUGGCACACAGAAUUCUUGACAUACUUUGGUGACAUGCUGAGCAAUCAAAUCUGCGCUUUUUACACCGAGGUGUCGACGAAACGUACGCAGUUGGAGCAGCAUACCCUGGAGGCCGCCACGUCUCAAGUGGUUGCCACGGUCACGAUGGUCCAAGAAUUGCGAGCCAAGGUUGAGAUGUGGCAGGCCCAAAUGGAAUCGUUCGGAAGUGGCGAGAAGAUCUUGAAACGCCAGCGAUUCAAGUUCCCGUCAACGUGGCCCGAGCUGGCCAACGUCGAAGGAGAAUGGGAAGCUUUCCAGCAACUUCUCAAGCGAAAGACAGAUGCGAUGGAGAGCCAGUUGCCGCAAUUGCAGGCCAAGAUCAUGGACGAACAUCACAGCUUGGUUGUGAAAAUUCAGUCGACAAUAUCAGACUGGGACGCAUCCAAACCAUUGCAAGGCGGUGUCGUGACUCCAAAAGUUGCGUUGGAACGCAUUGUGUUGUUCGACUCUCGGCUGACGUUGUUGGCCCAAGAAAGCAAGAAAAUGGAUGCAGCUCGUAAAGCAUUGAACUUGGUUGGUCGAAGCGGGGACUCCAGCGACUUUGACUCGUUGGAGCGCACGAUGGACGAGCUAGGUGGACUACGAGAGGUGUGGGAGCAACUAGCAACAGUGUGGACGCGUCUCGAUGAGUUGAAGGACACUCUCUGGAGUGCUAUCCAGCCCCGCAAAUUGCGCAAGCAACUCGACGAUUUAAUCGACACGUUGAAAAGGUUUCCGGCUCGCAUGCAGCAGUACGAAGCGUUCGACUACUUCACCAACACGAUUCAGUCGUACAAGACCAUCAACGGCCUGCUAUCUGACUUGAAAUCCGACUCGAUCCGCGAACGUCAUUGGAAACAAAUUCUGCGGUUGCUCCACGUGACGUCGUCGUUUACCGAGUUGAGUCUGCGCCACUUGUGGGACGGCAAGCUAACGCUUCACGACACGUCGCUGAAAGAGAUCAUUCGUACUGCCCAAGGUGAAAUGGCUUUGGACGAAUUCUUGCGUCAAGUGUCGGAACACUGGACGACCUUCUCACUCGACUUGGUGAAUUACCAGAAUCGAUGCCGCAUCAUUAAGGGGUGGGACGAUAUGUUUGCAAAGCUCGACGAACACUUGAACAGCUUGCAAAGCAUGAAACAAAGUCCUUAUUACCGCGUGUUUGCUGAACAAGCUGAGAGCUGGGAAGACCGUCUGACAAAGGUGCAGUCGAUUUUUGAUUUCUGGAUCGACGUCCAGCGGCGCUGGGUGUAUCUGGAGGGUAUUUUCUUUGGGUCUGCAGACAUCAAGCAACAACUGCCCAAGGAAUACACGAGAUUUCAGAGCGUCGACAACGAGUUCGUGUCCACGAUGAAGCGCGUGAGCCACAAACCGCUCAUUUUGGAAGUGAGCAGCAUUCCCAAUCUGUAUCAAUCCCUAGAGAGACAACAAGACAUGAUGGGCAGCAUUCAACGAGCUUUGGGCGACUACUUGGAGCGCCAACGCGCCGCGUUCCCUCGUUUUUACUUUGUCGGGGACGAAGAUUUGCUUGAAAUGAUUGGGAACAGCAAAGAACCCAAGCAGAUUCAACGCCAUUUGAACAAAAUGUUUGCUGGUAUCGCCGCGUUCGAAAUGGUCGACAACAACGUCAUCACAGGCCUCGUAUCCAAGGAGGGCGAAGUUGUGCGUCUGCAAACGCCAAUAAAUCCUAAAGACGAUGCGCGCAUUAACGUGUGGCUGGCUCAAGUCGAGACUGAAAUGCGGAUGACCCUGGCGUUAUUGUUGGAAGAUGCCAUGGCCAAGAUCGACCGCGUGAACUAUCUUGAUUGGAUUCGACAGUACCCAGCGCAGAUUGUCCUAUUGGCAACCCAAGUCCAAUGGACGACCAAGAUGGAACAAGUCCUGAAGGCCAGGUCCAACGACUUUUCCAGCGUCGCGGCACACGUUGAACAAGUCCUGCAAAUUCUCAGUGAAAAGGUCCUGUUUGAUUUGCCCCAAGAUACGCGCAAGAAGUACGAGCAGCUCAUCACGGAACUGGUCCACCAGCGCGAUGUCAGUCGUCGUCUGAACAAUGUGAAACUCAAUGGCCCGGAUGACUUUCAGUGGCUGUACCACAUGCGCCACUACAUGUUUCCCGCCGAAGUGGAUCCGCUCAAGAAGCUGCGUAUUUGCGUCGCGAAUGCACAGUUCUCGUACGGGUUUGAGUACUUGGGCGUCGGUGAACGGCUCGUUCACACGCCGUUGACGGAACGAUGCUACUUGACGUUGACCCAAGCGUUGGACUUUGGCAUGGGCGGGAACCCGUUUGGCCCGGCUGGUACGGGCAAAACUGAAAGUGUCAAAGCGUUGGGGAUGCAGCUGGGGCGGUUUGUCCUCGUGUUUAACUGCGACGAGAAUUUUGACUUCCAAGCGAUGGGUCGUAUCUUUGUGGGGCUGUGUCAAGUGGGUGCAUGGGGCUGCUUCGACGAGUUCAAUCGACUUGAAGAGCGUGUGCUGUCCGCCGUGUCGCAACAGAUUUUGACCAUCCAAGCUGGCCUAUCCCUAAAAAAGAAACAGGAACAAACCAGCAAUACCCUGAUUGAGCUCCUGGGAAAAUCUGUGCUACUCCACCCUGACGUCGGGAUCUUCGUCACGAUGAAUCCGGGAUACGCCGGCCGAUCCAACCUCCCGGACAACUUGAAACAACUCUUCCGAAGCAUUGCUAUGGUUGCCCCCGACCGCGAACUCAUCGCACAAGUGAUGCUAUUUUCCCAAGGCAUCACAACUGCUGAAUUCAUGGCAACAAAGGUUGUCUUGCUCUUCAACUUGUGCGAAGACCAGCUUUCAAAGCAACCGCAUUAUGACUUUGGCCUCCGCGCGCUCAAAAGUGUCCUUGUGAGUGCUGGCCACGUCAAGCGUUCGUUAACUACGUCGGAUACGACGUCUACGAAUGUCGCAAGCAUUGAAGCUGAAGCUCUGAUUCGAUCCAUCUGCGACACGAUCGUUCCCAAGUUGGUCGCGUCGGACGUGCCCAUAUUUGAAACCUUGCUGCAAGGUGUGUUCCCUGGCACAGAUUUGCACCAAGUGAAUGAACCCAAGUUGCGCGAAAAGAUUGUCCAGUUGGCCACGUCUCGCCAAUUCAUUCCCCAUGACAAGUGGGUUGAGAAGGCGCUCCAGUUGUAUCAAGUCAUGCAACUGCGCCACGGUGUCAUGCUCGUGGGGCCAAGUGGCAUGGGUAAAACGAGCGCGUGGACUGUUCUCCUGGACGCGCUCGAGCAAAUUGAUGGCAAGAAGGGCGAAGCUUAUGUCAUCGACCCCAAAGCGUUGUCCAAGGAACAAUUGUAUGGGACACUCGACAACACGACGUUGGAAUGGAGCGACGGGAUCUUUACCCAUUUGCUCCGCCAGGUGCUCAACAACGUUCGUGGGGAGAGUGAGAAGCGCCAUUGGAUUGUGUUUGACGGUGAUGUUGACCCUGAAUGGGCCGAGAACUUGAACUCUGUACUCGACGACAAUCGACUGUUGACCCUUCCGUCGGGCGAGCGCCUCGAGAUUCCGUCGAAUGUAUGGAUCAUGAUGGAGACGGAAACGUUGAAGUAUGCGACUCUGGCCACAGUUAGUCGAUGCGGCAUGGUGUGGUUUGCUCGCGACACUUUGGACACUGUUCACGUGAUGCAGCAUUUCCUUAAGAAGUUGGCGCAAGACAGCUCGCAGCGGUCGUUUUACUCGAUGCAGGACGAAGAGUGGGCGACUUUUCAGGUGGCACAAGUCAAGUACAUCGAGUUGUUGGAGCAAUUGUUCUCGUCGUCGCUGCUCGUCACGAACUGCUUGGAUUUUGCCAUGCAACUGCCUCAUAUCAUGGAAGUGGACCGCUUGCGUUUGCUCAUGUCGAUGUUUUCGUUGUUGUCCAAGGGGUUGGUCCACAUUGCUGAGUACAACGAACUUCACAUCGACUUUCCCAUGUCCGCGGAUCACCUUGAGUCGUUCUCGCCGAAGUGGCUCGUGUUUUCAAUUCUGUGGGGGUUAGGCGGGUCUCUUGAUAACCCCAGUCGUGUGAAGCUGGCCGAGUACCUCACUAGUGUCAACACGAUGAUCCCGUUGCCGUCGCUCACGUCCGAGGCAUCAAGUCUGUUGGACUUUGAGGUUCAAGUCAAGGACGGUGAAUGGAAGCCAUGGAGUUAUUCGGUGCCAACGUUGGAGCUGGAAAGCCAUCGUGUCUUGGCCACCGAUGUGGUCGUGACAACGGUCGACACAAUUCGACACGUUGAAGUUUUGCGUGGUUGGCUGCAUCAACAUCGUCCGCUCAUUCUGUGCGGUCCGCCUGGCAGUGGCAAGACGAUGACGUUGACCUCCACGCUCAACUCACUUCCGGAAUUUGAGCUCGCGAGCUUGAAUUUUUCGUCGGGUACCAACCCCGAGUUGAUCUUGAAGACGUUUAGUCAGUACUGCGUGUACAAAAAGACCCCUCAAGGCACAGUCUUGACUCCACAUGCCCCGGGAAAGUGGCUCGUCGUGUUCUGCGAUGAAAUCAACUUGCCCCAAGCUGACAAGUACGGGACCCAGCGUGUCGUGACCUUCCUCCGCCAACUCGUCGAACAAGGUGGGUUCUGGAAGGACAAGGUAUGGGUCCACCUGGAACGCAUCCAGUUUGUCGGAGCGUGUAACCCGCCGACGGACCCCGGCCGUGUACCGCUAUCUUCGCGCUUCCUUCGCCACGCCCCCGUUUUGUUCGUGGACUUUCCAGCCUACAGCUCUCUCAAGCAAAUCUACGGCACAUUCAACCGGGCACUGCUCAAGUUGACACCCUCGUUGAAGGCAUUCCACCAACCUUUGACAGACUCGAUGGUUGAAAUCUACAUGAAGAACCAGACGAAGUUUACGGCUGAGUCGCAGCCCCAUUACAUUUACAGCCCACGCGAACUCUCUCGAUGGAUGCGUGCCAUGUAUGAAGCCAUUGAGCCGCUUGAGUUUGAAAUUGACGUUGAGACGCUGAUCAAGCUGCUUUUCCACGAAUCUCUUCGACUGUUUAUGGAUCGCUUGGUGAUCCCAGAGGAGCAGGCGUGGUGCUUUCACACCUCCAAGGAUGUCCUGCGACAGCAUUUCCCUCCCACUGCAGCGGUGGCAGCGUUGGAAUCAUCGUCGCAGCCGAUUUUGUUCAGCACAUGGUUGAGUAAGUACUAUGUCCAAGCCACGACAGACGACCUGCGAAAGCAUAUCGAAGCACGCCUUCGCGUGUUUUAUGAAGAGGAGCUCAACGUGCCUCUCGUCGUGUUCGAUUCGGUGAUCGACCACGUGUUGCGCAUCGACCGUGUCCUGCGCCAACCACUCGGACACUUGUUGUUGGUAGGUGAGAGCGGUGCCGGUAAGACUGUUCUCUCGCGCUUUGUGAGCUGGAUGAACGGCAUGUCUGUGUUCCAAAUCAAACUCACGACCAACUACAACCUGAACAACUUCGACGACGACCUUCGUGUGGUGUUGAAGCGAUGUGGUUGUGACGGCGAAAAGAUAUGUUUUAUUUUUGACGAAUCCAACGUGCUCGACGCUGCGUUCUUGGAGCGCAUGAACGCCCUGUUGGCGUCUGGGGAGGUUCCUGGUCUUUUUGAAGAUGAAGAACACGUGUCACUCAUGCACGCGUGUCGCGAAGCGAUUCGUCGCGACAACGUCACUUCGAUCGAAAACACGGAGGACGAACUAUUCAAGUACUUUACUCGCCAAGUACAGCGCAACCUCCACGUUGUGUUUACGAUGAACCCUGCCAGUGGUGACUUUCAGAGCCGAUCCAAGACGUCUCCGGCUUUGUUCAAUCGAUGCGUCGUCGACUGGUUUGGCACCUGGUCCGACCACGCCCUCGGUCAAGUCGCCCAUGAGUUCACCAUGUCGCUAGACUUGGGGCAUCAGGAACAAACGUACCAACUGCCUCUAGCUGCCAAACCCAUCGUGGAAUCGCUCAAGCUGGGAGCCCACACAUUCCACGACGCCAUUGUCGCGAGUGUUGUCCAGUUCCACCACGCUGUGCUGCAAACUAUGCAACGCCUCGCCAAGCGCCAUGCCAAGUACAACCACAUUUCUCCCCGUGAUUAUUUGGAGUUUAUUCGGCAUUUCGUCGGCCUAUACGGCAAGAAGCGCAGCCAGUUGGAAGACCAGCAACUGCACUUGAACGUUGGUGUUGACAAGUUGGUCGCCACGCACAACCAAGUCGCGGAGCUCCAACUCGAGUUGAGUGCCAAGGAGCGCGAACUCCACAAGAAAGAUGUCGAAGCAAAUGAAAAGCUUCAACUCAUGGUCGUCGAGCAAAAUGAAGCGCAGCUCAAAAAAAAGGACACGGAAGUCCUCGCGGCAGAUUUGGCCAAACAAGAUGAAGAAAUCAGCAAGCGCAAGCUUGUCGUGGAGCACGACUUGUCCCAGGCCGAACCGGCGUUGUUGGAGGCGCAAUCGAGCGUGAAUUCGAUUCGAAAAGCCCAGCUGGAUGAAAUCCGAGCGCUGGCCCGCCCGCCAAAUGCCGUACGAUUGACGCUUGAAGCGGUCGCGAUUAUGCUUGGAGAAGCGAGUUUGGACUGGGCCGAUUUGCGCAAAUUUAUCCGUAAAGACGACUUUAUUGCGUCGGUCGUGCACUUCGACUCUGAAAAGUUGACGGCCAAGCAGCGUUCGACCAUUCAAAAGGACUACAUGAGCAAGACAGACGAGUUUGACUAUGAAAAGGUCAACCGAGCGUCCAAGGCUUGUGGCCCGCUUUUCAAGUGGGUCGUGUCCCAGCUGAACUACACGGAGAUUUUGCACAAGAUUCAACCCCUGCGCAAUGAAGUGCGAACACUGGAAGAACAGAGUGCCGGAUUGCGCCAAGAGUUCACAACCGCGUCCGAGACGAUUCAGUUGCUAGAGCAACGCAUUCAAAACUACAAGCAAGAGUACGCAGCGCUCAUCAGUGAAGCCCAAUUGAUCAGUUCCGACAUGGCCAUGGUCAAGAAGAAGGUGGAACGAUCCGUAUCGUUGCUCCAAAACUUACUUGUCGAACGCGAACGGUGGGAAAAAGGGUCCAAGGAAUUCGAAACCCAAAUGGAAACUCUGGUCGGCGACACCUUGCUUAGUGCCGGAUUUCUCACGUAUUUGGGGUUCCUCGACCAUCAACAACGCAAAUUGCUCGUGGAAGACUGGCGCGAUGUGUUGCACACGAUGCAAAUCCCCAGCACACCUGGCCUGAGCUUUAUCGAGUACUUGUCACAACCAUCGCAGCGCCUCGAAUGGAGUGCAAGCGACCUCCCAUCCGACUCGUUGUGCGUCGAAAACGCGAUCAUACUGGCGCGUUUCCACCGUUUCCCGUUGAUAGUGGACCCGUCCGGCCAAGCGGCGCGAUUCAUGCUCAACUAUUUCAACUCAAAAGCGUCGUCGUCAGCGUCCAAGAUCACACAGACGUCGUUCUUGGACGCGUCCUUCAUGAAAAUAUUGGCCAGCGCCAUUCGCUUUGGCACUGCGUUGUUGGUGCACGACGUGGAGAGCAUCGAUCCGAUUCUGAACCCUGUAUUGAAUCGAGAACUAUAUAAGACGGGUGGACGCGUUCUCAUCCGUCUCGCGGGAGAAGAAAUCGACUACUCGCCCGACUUUCGUCUCUUCCUCCUCACGCGCGACCCGUCCUGCCGCUUCUCGCCCGACAUUUGCUCCCGCGUAACGUUCGUCAACUUUACUGUGACACCAAGUUCAUUAGAAAGUCAAAGUUUGGCGCUCUUGCUCAAGAGCGAGGAGCCCGAAAUCGACGCCAAGCGCUCUUCCUUGCUCAAGCUCCAAGGCGAGUACUAUGCGAAACUUCGUGAAUUGGAAGACGCCUUGCUGCAACAUAUCAACAGUGUCCAAGGAAACAUUCUGGACGACGACCGUGUCAUUCUCGCGCUCGAAAGCAUGAAAGCUGAGAGCGCUGAUAUUACGAAGCACGUCCAAGACACCCAAGUGAUCAUGGAGAACAUGGAGCAAGCCACGGCUCGUUUUCAGCCGCUCGCGAAGGCCUGCACGCAACUCUUCUUCACGUUGGAAAACCUUGGCCAAAUCCACUUUUUGUACCAGUUUUCACUCACGUUUUUCCUUCAAGUAUUGACCAAGGUACUAGCGAGUCGAGAAGUUGCUUCUGCUGCUCAAAAGCACUCGCGACUCGAGUUCAUCGGACAGCAACUCUUCCGCCAUGUUGCCCGCCGCGUAUCCAAGGGAAUGCUGCAAGAAGACAAGCUCAUGUUUGCCCUUCGGUUGGCUCAAAUUUAUGUGGAAUUGAACAAGGGUGUCGAAGGUCUCCCAAGUCAAGCAGAAUUGGACGUGUUUUUUGGACGAUUGGGGCCACCCACCAAGGUAUCGUUGCCGGAGUUUGCUGUUGCUGAAGAAACUGUUGAUCGCCUGGGGCGGCUGGCCAGUUCGUCGGCGUUUGCACCUUCGCUGCUGGCUCAUCUGGAGCCGCACAAAGACUUGUGGGAAACGUUCUUGAACCACACGACACCUGAACUGCAUGUUCCUGUGCAAUGGGACGGGGACAGCUCCUCGGAGCCAUCGGCUGCCUUCCGUGACCUCUGCCUCGUUUCCACCACCCGACCGGAUCGUUUGCCAUUUGCUGCGGAGAAAUAUAUUGUCCACGUGUUCGACGACCCAUCCUUCCCAUGGCGUGGCGAUGUCGAGUUCCGCCACGAAGUCGAGUUUGAAACGGAGAGUUCUCGAGGUAUCUUGCUCUGCUCAAAACCUGGGUUCGACGCGAGCUCUCGCGUGGACGAACUUGCAUCAAUCUUGAACAAGAAAUUGUCGUCCGUCGCGAUGGGAUCAGCCGAAGGCUUUGACGUAGCCGAGAAGGCGCUCAACACGGCUAUCAAGCAAGGCACGUGGCUCUUGCUUCGAAACGUCCACCUGUGUCCGUCCUGGUUGCUAACUGUGGAGAAGAAACUGUACAGUGUUCGGGAGUCGAGCCACAAGGACUUUCGCCUGUUUCUCACGAGCGAAAUUCACCCCCAGCUGCCUGUCAACCUGUUGCGGCUGUGCGAUGUAUAUGUGUUUGAACCCCCGAGCGGCGUCAAAGCCAGCAUGCAACGAUCCCUCGAAGACUUGUCCAGCGACCGCAUCAAUAGAGGCCCGACGGAACGAGGCCGCCUCUUUCUCCUCCUCGCGUGGUUCCAUGCGAUUGUGCAAGAACGGCUGCGUUACGUCCCGAUCGGGUGGUCCAAGGCGUACGAAUUUUCCCAGAGCGACUUCCGCGGGGCGUGUGACGUGCUCGACCUCUGGGUGGACAGCAUUGGUCAUGGCCGCGCUCACAUUUCGCCCGACGCGAUUCCAUGGACCGCGAUCAAAGUGAUCUUGAAGGAGUCGUUGUAUGGCGGUCGCGUCGACAAUAAGUAUGACCAGCAGCUCAUGGAUACGCUGUUGGACAACGUGUUCAAUUCGGACAGCUACGAGAACAACUUUCACCUGGUAAAGCCUCAUGGCGGUGACAACGGGCUCGUGAUCACCCAAGGCAAGACGAAAGAGCAGUUUUCGGAAUGGAUCGCAAGCCUCUCCAAUUCGAAUUCGCCCGUGUGGCUUGGACUGCCCACGUCGGUCGAGAGGAUGAUUGUCAUAAACGAGGGCCACCGUACGCUGCGCCAUCUUCAACAGUUGCAGGAUGGUAUUGACAGCAUUGACGAGGGCGACGACGAAGGGACAUCCUCCAUGACGUUUGGCAACAGUGCCGCCGGUGAUUCCCGCCCUGCUUGGAUUCAAGCUCUCCAUCGAAAGGUCCAGACGUGGCUCAGUCAACUGCCCACAGAUCCGAUUACCGUCAAAGAAGCUGCUUUUAGCAACCCGAUCUAUCGUUGCUUACACCGUGAGAUGGAUCUGGGCAACAAAUUGCUCGCCACCAUCACGACCCUGCUCCAUGACAUUGAGAAGGUCUGCACUAAUUCGGUCAAACCCACGAACGCCGUGCGCGAAGCGAUGCGGACGCUGCACCAAGAUUACUUGCCCGUCGACUGGCUCAACAUGUACCCCGUCCCAAGAGACAUCACGCUGCAUGAAUGGUUGGACGAUUUUGCCAAGCGGCUCGCCCAACUUCGUCAGUUGACGUCGCUGCCAUUGCAAGACGUGCUAUCUCAUGGUGUUUGGGUGGGUGGGUUUUUCUCGCCCGAGGCCUUUCUCACUGCCACUCGUCAAGUUGUAUCGCGGGAGAUGCAGUGCUCGCUGGACGAGUUGGAACUCGUUGCGUCCAUUACCAAGACCCACGGCGGAAGCUUUGCCGUCUCGGGCUUCCACUUGGAAGGCAUGGCAUGGACAAAUGCAACGGACGGGUUCGCGACAACGGAUGCUCUCGAAUCGCCGCUUCCUGCUUUGUACCUGUGCUGGCGCCACUCAAAGGACACGGCAACGUCGCCGUCGUCGCGCAAAUUACCCGUCUACUUGAACGCCCAACGCCUCGUGAUUCUGUUCGAAGUGUCGGUGGACAUUCCGCCGUCGGACACAACGCCGCCCCAUGUCUGGUCCGAACGCGCCGUCGCGUUCACUGCAUGGAAGCUCCAAGCCUAA